AACAUAAUCACAUUGCCUGACUACAGUGAACACAGUUUCAGUGGUAUACACUCUUAAAAAUAAAGGUGCUUCAAAAGGUUGUUUUUUGCAACAAAUUAACCUUUUUAUAUAAAUGGUUCCGUAAAGAACCUUUAACAUCUUAGGAACAUCUCUCUAUAGACCGGUAUCCCUACUCCCCUUCGCUGCUAAAACUCUAGAACGUGUUGUUUGUAACCAGCUCUCAUCUUUCCUCUCCCAGAACAACCUCCUGGACAGCAACCAGUCUGGGUUCAAGAGCGGUCAUUCCACUGAGACUGCGCUGCUCUCUGUUAUUGAAGCCCUGAGACUGGAAAGAGCCUCCUCUAACUCAUCUGUUCUUAUCCUACUGGAUCUAUCUGCCGCCUUUGACACCGUUAACCAUCACAUCCUCCUGUCCACCCUCAAGGCGAUGGGGGUCUCUGGAAUGGUGCUACAAUGGUUCAGGUCUUACCUCUCGGGUAGGUCCUUUAGAGUAUCUUGGAGAGGUGAGGUGUCGGAGUCACAUCAUCUCGACACAGGUGUGCCUCAGGGCUCAGUGCUUGGUCCGUUGCUAUUCUCUGUAUACAUGACAUCCCUUGGCUCUGUCAUUAGGAAACAUGGCUUUUCCUAUCACUGCUAUGCGGAUGAUACACAACUCUACAUGUCUUUUCGCCCUGACGAUCCGACUGUCUCUGCACGCAUCUCAGCUUGCCUAGCCGACAUCUCGCUCUGGAUGAACGCCCAUCACCUGCAGCUGAACCUUCCAAAAACAGAACUGCUUGUAAUCCCGGCUGACACGAAGACUCAUCACAACCUUUCCAUUCAACUGGGCUCAUCAACCAUCACACCUUCCAGAAAAGCAAGAAACCUGGGAGUGGUAAUCGAUGAUCAGCUCAACUUCACAGAUCAAGUUGCCAACACCGCCCGGUCCUGUAGAUUCAUCCUCUACAAUAUCAGAAAAAUUAGACCCUUCCUAUCAGAGCAUGCUACACAGAUCCUUGUCCAGGCUCUUGUCCUGGCCAGACUGGACUACUGCAAUGCACUACUGGGAGGACUUCCAGCUUGCACAACCAAACCUCUACAGAUGAUCCAGAAUGCUGCGGCAAGAGUUAUCUUUAAUGAACCAAAGAGAGCACACGUCACUCCUCUACUCAUUAAGCUACAUUGGCUUCCCGUAGUCGCUCGCAUCAAAUUCAAGACUCUGCUCCUGGCCUACAAGACCACUACUGGUUCGGCACCACCUUAUCUUAAAUCGCUAAUGCAGACAUAUGUACCCACCAGAUCCCUACGCUCUGCAAACGAACGACGUCUUGUGGUGCCAUCCCAUAAAGGUGUUUUUUGACAUCACUGUAGGAGGACAUGAGGUCGGCAGGAUUGUCAUCGGUCUGUUCGGAGAGGUCGCGCCCGUUACCGUGCAGAACUUUGUGGCGCUUGCUUCCGGAGAGAAAGGUUACGGCUAUAAGGGCAGCAAGUUCCAUCGUGUGAUCAAAGAUUUCAUGAUCCAGGGAGGAGACAUCACAGCUGGAGAUGGAACAGGAGGUAAAAGUAUUCACAGUCACACGUUUGCCGAUGAGAACUUCAGACUGAAGCAUCUGGGUGCGGGGUGGGUCAGCAUGGCGAACGCCGGUCCCGACACCAACGGCUCUCAGUUCUUCAUCACACUGGCCAGAGCUCCGUGGCUGGACAACAAACACGUUGUGUUUGCCAAAGUUCUGGAGGGAAUGGUGAGGAGAUCUUCUACAGACACGGCAGGAAAUCUUUUAUUCGUAAUGUCACACAUCUGUCCGUCUGUCUCUUUCAGUCGGUCGUUCACACCAUCGAACUUCAGGACACUAACGAGAGGAAUCUGCCGUACACCGAAUGUGUGAUCAUCAACAGCGGAAGCAUUAAAGUCAAAGAGCCCUUCAUAGUAGAAGUGGAGGGCUGGUAACAUCAGGCAUGUGUUCUCAUUGUUAACACGCGUGUACUGCACACGUCACACUAACAAUCAUCUCUACGUCUAUGCAGACACUUUUCUACACUGACAUGUCUCAUGGUCUCAAAUCACAGAAUCUGUAUCGUCAUCAGGUCAUUCACACCAUAUGUGAUGCUUUCUUGUGCAAUUGCCAAAUGUUUGUAUGUAAAAAAAGACUGUCCUAAUUUACCCAGAUUCACUCGUGAAGACGCAUGUGAAAUGUAAAACUGCUCUGUCGAUGUGUUUGUGUUUUAAGAUCCUCCAGAGAUUUCCCUGUUGUAUCAGAAUAAAGAACUUUAAUCCUGA